AGGCACAUAUGGUUUUCAAGAAGAAUCCUUAGGCACCUCCUUGCUUCCGACCUCACAUAGAAACCAAAGGAAGAGAAUGACCGCUGGGGAAAGCAAUAGGCUUCCUGGAAAAUAAAAAGAAGGGGAAAAAAGCGAUUCAUUCCUGCCUUCCCUUCGCCAAGCAGGCAAGCAAACGGAAGCAGACACCCGCAAACCACCCAGGAAUUACUACCCGGGAGUCAAGCAACCAAGAAUCUGUGCUCCAUCCAUGGCAGAUCAGGACGCCGCCGAGAUGGGCCCGCCGGCGUGGCCCCCUUGGACCUCCCUCCUGCUCCGGGCCAUGAGCAAGCGUCGGACCUGGGUCGCCCUCUUCCUCGCCGUCUACGCCGCGCUGCUCUGCUCGUCGUGGAGCCUCCUCGGGUCCGUGCGCGCCUGGUACUACGCCGCGGUGGGCGGGGCGCACCCUGCGGCGGCGGUGGCGUGGCCCGCGGCGCUAUACGCGUCGGUGAUGUACGGCGCGGUGUUCGGGCUGCUGUCCAUGGGGGCCGCGCUGGCCGUCGCGGCGCCCGCCAUGCUGGUGACCUGGAUCACGGUGCUCGUGCUGCUGGCGUUCGCGGGGAAGCCCAGGAGGUCGCUGGUCGCCGAGGGGCGGCGCGCCACGGCCGACAUCGCGCGGCUCGCGCUCCGCGUGCUGCUGCGCGAGGGCAACGCCGUCGCCGCGCUCUGCGCCGCCGCCAGCUUCACCGCCCUGCUCCUCGGCCGCCGCGACGACGGCGAGGCGGCGGCGGCCGGCAGCUGAAUUGGUGCUUCUUUUUAGAGAAAAGCUGAUCUGAUGCUUUCCAUUAUUUACACUUGUCUUGUAGUAGUAGUGUUUUUCUUUUAUCUGCAGUUAAUUUUUCAACGUAAUCCCUGUCCGAAUGCAGCCGUUUGUAUACCAUGAUUUUGGGGGUUUCAUUUUUGCCAUUUCUCCUCCUUUUUA